AAAGAAAACCUGGAAUAUCUCAGGAAAACAAAAAACCCAGCAAAAACAAACCAAAAAAAUCUCACCUGUUUGAAAAAAAAUAAAAAAAAUUAACGAUGGAGCCUCCGUUCUACAAUAUUCACUACCAAACUCCUACGCCACCACAAUUCCGCCGUAUUCCGGUGAAUAUGCGUCCAACCGCCGCCGCUCAAACGGCGCCGUCUCGGCCGCGUAAGGUGAUUUCUAUCCCUAUUCACGACGAGAAUUCCUUGAGAAAAAGGUCCGAUUCUGCACUCAGGAUCCAGAAAGUGUUUCGCGGGUUUCGGGUCAGGAAGACUGUCGGGAAGAUUCUGGAACUGAAGGGAGAGGUUGAUGCCGUGGAGAAGAAGCUACUGGAGAGAGAAACUAUGGCGGCGAUUAAGAGGGAUAGGAUGGAGAGGUUGAAGGUUAAUGAGAGUUUGAUGGUUUUGUUGUUUAAGCUUGAUUCUGUUCGAGGGUUUAAUGAUGAAAUUAGGGUUUUAAGGAAGAUGGUUAUUCGGAAGGCGAUUUGGUGGCAGGAAUUGAUUUAUUCUGCAAUUGAUGAAAUUGCUGAUGAUAAUUGUAAGGAAGAUGGCGAAGUUGUUGAGAAAUCUGAUGCAGUUGUUGAGGAUGCGACGGAGAAUUUUGAUGAUUCGAGUGUGAUGAAUGUUGAUAAUACGCCGAGAGUAAUCGAUGAAACCCUAGAAAAAUCUGAGGAAGUUCUUGAAGAAGCUGAUGAUUUUACUGAGAGUUUGAGUAAAAUGCAAGUUGAAGAUUCGGAGAAAUUGGAGGAGGAAUCUGAGGUUGCUGUUGAUGCAAUGCAGGUUGAGACUGUUACUGGUUCUGAGGAGACUUGGGAAUGUGUUUCUGGAGAAACAGAGGAGCAGAAGUCGGACGUCGUCGAGGCGGCUAAAGAAGAUGAUCAUGGAUAUGCUAAGGAGGAUUGCGAAGAUGGGAGCAAUUCGGCCGUGGUAGAGAAGGGAACGCCGCCCCCGAAGGAGGAUUGGUUCGUCGUUGGUGGUGAUGAGGAGGAGAAAAGGAAGAAAGAUAAGUUGCUGGAGAAAAUGGCAGCGGAUAAUGAGAGAUUGGUGGCAAUGGUGGCCGAUUUGUGUCAGAAAAACGUCGUUCAAAGUCGAUUGAUCUGUUCGUUGUCUCAGAGAGUUGAGCAAUUGGAGAAGGCUAUGAGUGAGAGAUUGAGGAAGAAGAAAAAGAAGAGUAAUGCUACUACUCAAAUUUAAGCUAUUUUGUUGAUACUAGUCUAGUUUAACUAUUAAGUAGAUUAUUGGAAUGACUUUUUAAUUGUUUAGUUAAUUUUUUGCCAAGAUUUAAGAUAGUUUUUGCACAUUUGGGUGAUUGUUAGGUAGUGGUAUGAACAAAAUUUGGUGGAUGAUUUGAUUGAAUGAAAGAAUUUGGUUUUUAGUUCAA